GCAAAUUGUAGAAAACAUUGAAGCCUAUGACCCCAAUUGUUAUCAUUGUCUAUAUCUUAACCAAAUAGGAAGAUGUUUUAGAAUAAUCCAACACAACGGAUCUGAAUUAGUACUACAGAGCUAAACAUAGAGGAAGUCAACAAAAUACAGUUUGUGUUUGUAAUGUGGAGCAGUAUUUAUAUAGAGUGGAUCAUACCUCUUUUGAAGUUACCUAAAACAAUAGGUUUAUUUUGUUUAUCAAAAACAAUACACGAUGUCUACAACCAUAAAUGAAACAACAGUCGAAGCGACGUCUUCAGCUACAAACAAUGCAAGUUCUAGCAUAACAACAUCAGGGCAGUUCACAACAACGCCAACAACUAAGUUAAUAACAUCAUCGACCUAUUUCACAACUACACAUGACAGCGGUCUAAUCACAACUACAGGUCCUCAAGAAACUGGGAAAUGCCCAAACUGUUCGGGCCUUCUUGCUGCUACUGUGAGUCUCUCAGUGCUGCUAGCGAUUGCAAUUACUGCAGUUGUGAUCCUCGUCCUGUUACACUUCACCAAUAAACUAGAUAGGUUUAAACGGCAGAGACGAGUAAAGAAGCAAUCUACAGCUCCUUCUGUGGCGGAGGUCAACCAAAGUAGGCCUUCAUCAACAGAAGAUCCAGAUUCUAAGAACACCAAGAUAGAAAUGGAGCAAGAGGCCUCCCCAAAUCAAUAUACAAAGGAGAGGACUGUAACAAAACCAAAGAAAACGCCACCACUUCCGCAUCAGCAAGAGCCAGUCGUCUCUGCUGAGUAUAUGGAGUUUGAAGCUGAUCCUCCACCAAGAGUUAACGAAAACGAACAAGAGUACCUGCCUCUUGGUGGUCCCCCGAUGGAUGGCGAGGCAUACGAGGAGAUAGCCCCACCUAGCAAACAAAACAAGCCUAAACAUGAUGUAAUCGAUCCUCCACCACCCAUUCCAAUUUCCCCAAAAGCGGAGGAGCCAGGACCAGAUGAGAUUUACAUGAACCCUCCUGGUGUCCUGUAUGAAAACUAUGAUGGUGAAGUACCUAUUGACCAUGGGUUUGAACAUGCCAAAUGCGUUAACCCGUAUGUGAACCAAAAGGUUGUCGAAGCUAAUAAAAACGACAAAGAUUAUCUCAUCAUGAAUAAAAAUGCUAGAUAAAUCGCAAUAAUCAGCGAGCAUAAGUCUGUGAAUCUUCAAAUGUUCUUAUGGGCUUCCACAUUCGUGCAACUAAUGGAUAUUGGCAGUAUUAGGAAUAUACUCGUUGAUUUCCAACACACUUUGAAGGUCUCAUCUCCUCAGGCUUGUUGAAUACGCUGGAAUCCCGAACGUAUUUAAAAUAACAGUUUCCUCGUAUAUAUCAAAAUAUUCAUAAUAAAGAGCAAUUUAACCCUCCUUGCUAGGCUCAACCGCCCUUUCUGAUCAUAUUGAUAUUUUUAUAUCGCACAUACUAUCGAGGAACCCUGUCACCAGUGUCAUAGAUGUCUCUCGAUGUAAUAAAAACAAAUUCAUUGUUAUUCAAUCAUUCAUUGUUAUAUCGCACACACUAUCGAGGAACCCUGUCACCAGUGUCAUAGAUGUCUCUCGAUGUAAUAAAAACAAAUUCAUGAAAUGGUGUGUGCUUUUAAGAUAAAGUAAAGUUACACUCCCCUUUGUAGGCAUGGCCAUUGGAAGUUUUCAUUUGAUGGCGUGUUUUAGCCUGCCGUUAAUGUUUGAAUCUUUAUUGUGUUCCUUCAUUGUAGUAGCUCGGAAACCAAUGUCAAAGAUGAUUUUUGAUUGCCAGGCAUGACAGGCUCUAACACUCGACCCAAAGGGAAAUUCUGGUUGUCAAAUUGAUGAAGGAGAUACCCUAUGAUUACAAAAUAUAUCUGCUUUAGCAUUGAAGUGGGGAGACUUAUAAUGAUUUCAAAAUACAUGUAUACACUUUGUUAAAUCAUCUGGUAAUCUCAAUUAAGAAAUAUGCCCUAGAAUGAUUGAAAUACAAUCUACCAU